GGUCUCGAGGAGGUUGAAUGACUGUCAACGUCAAAGUCUGAGUGCGUCGGCUGUUUCGGUGGCGAUAAUGAACUGUGAAGCACAGCCAAAGGGCCCCGCCCAAUCUGACUGCCGGAGCCAGCUGAAGGAGGAAGGAUUUCCUUCUUCCUUUACUGUCUAGUCUACUGUCUACUCUACUCUAUACUCCUCGUAUUUCCUUUCAACUUGGUGGGGUUACAAUUAAGAUCGUUUUCGUUCGUUCAACCGUUGUUGGGUUUAAUUCUCAGUCAUUAAUCCAAGCAGCGAGUCGUCAUUUUCAGUCAAUUUUCCCUUUCUUAAAGUGAUUUCAUCUACAAUACUGUUCAAAGGGUAGAAUUCUCCUGUAUUACGUUACUACAGGACCAUCUCAAUGCGGAAAGAGCGACAUGACGAUAGACAUUCUUGGCUACUAGCACUUCACCUCUUACCCAUCUGUCCUUUUUUCCUAUCUUCAUUUCCAUACACGCCUUUAGUCUCUUUCUGAUCAAAUUUGUUUACUUUCUGGUUUCAUUUCCUUUUAUCUGUAGCAGCAUCUAGCUAAGCUAAGCUAAUCUAUUCAUCAGCUUUUAAUUAAUUACUUCUCUUUUCUCUUCUGCAUGGUUAUGGUUAUGGAAAACAUUUAGAUCUUGCUGCUUUUGCUUCUGCUGCUGCUGUUGGUUUUUGAUUGACCCAUCUGUGUAAAAGCCAAAUACAGACCUAAUUGUGUGUUUAAAUUAUUUAUUUGUCUCUUAUAGCAUGCAUCUAUACUUAUGAUAUUCUCAAUGAGUUAAAACAAAGUUCCUUAUAUGUCGCUGAAAAGGGUUUUUUGUGUUGCUUUACUUUCUCUGCAAAGUUGGCUGGCCUACAAAUACAAAUGUGUGCUGUUAAACGAGGUGUGUAGUUGGUUUUUCUAAAGGUCCACUAGUUAAAAACUUACAUUCAUCUGUCUUCAUUUAUGAUUUAUCACUAUUUUCUUUUACUUAUCCUCCUAAUUUUACCCACUAGAUUAGUGUUUCAUUAAAUUAUUGGUUUCUCUAGUUUGUAUAAAAGUUUAGCUAGGAUAGUAUUUGUUUUCACAUGGGUAGUCUGCAUGUCUUUAUGUCUCUCUUUUCUUUACUUUAAGAUCAAAGCUGCUCAGAGAAUAACAGGUCUGAAGAAGAAUAAAUAAGUUAGCUAUUGAGAUUUUAUUCUCACCUAUUAUACAUACAUACACACACCCUUUUACUUCUUUCCCUCUCUCCUUUCUCUACAUGUACCUAAGAUCAUUAUAAGUCUAUAAUGGUUGACAUGUUUUAGAAUUAUUUGAAGGUUUCUGAAACAUGCCUUCAGAAAUGCCUCAUUGGCAACCUAAAGGUAUAGAGAAGGCUAAGGGAAGGAGGAGAGAUAGGAGCACCAAUGUGGAAACUUUUUCUCAUCAAAUUAAGCCUGAAAAUGGUGUUGAUUCUUCUUCUCUAUCAGAAAAGAGUCUUGUUUUUCAAACUAGACCUGGUUUUGGCCAAAUGGGUACCAAGUGUAUGGUAAAGGCCAAUCAUCUCUUAGCUGAGAUAUCAGACAAGGAAUUGACACAAUAUAGUGUUGAAAUAAAACCUGAUGUUCAUUCUACCAUGGUGAAUAAAGCUAUCAUGAAUGAUCUAGUUACGUUUCAAAGACAUACCAUGUUGGGUGGGAGGCUUCCUGUUUAUGAUGGAAGAGGAACACUUUAUUCUGCUGGGCCGCUACCUUUUAAAUCCAAGGAAUUCAUAAUAAAGUUGGAAGAAGAGAAGGAAUCCACAGGACUUGUUUAUGUAAUCAGGGAAAGAGAAUAUAGGGUGAGAAUCAAGUUUGUAGCUUGUGCAAAUAUAAGUCAAUUACGUGACUUUCUAUCCGGUAAGAAAGUUGAUGCCCCUGUGGAAGUGCUCAAAAUGAUUGAUAUUGUUUUGAAGGAGCGUGCUUCUCAAAGGAACCUUUCAGUUGGGAGAUUUUUUUAUUCACCAAAUUUAAAGAAACCACAGUCACUAGGAAAUGGUUUACAAGUAUGGAAGGGUUUCUAUCAAAGUAUAAAACCUACACAAAUGGGAUUGUCUCUGAAUAUAGAUAUGUCAUCAACUGCUUUCAUUGAGCCUCUUCCUGUUAUUGAAUACGUGGCUCAAAUUCUGGGUAAAGAUGUUUAUAGUAGGCCACUGUCUGAUGCCGAGUGUGUCAAGGUCAAGAAAGCUCUUAGAGGUGUCAAAGUAGAGGUUACUCACAGGGGAAGUAUGAGGAGAAAGUAUAGGGUUUCUGGUUUGACAUCACAACCUACUAGGGAGCUAAUUUUUCCAAUUGACGAAGAGAAGAAUAUGAAGUCAGUCAUUGAAUACUUCCAAGAGGUUUAUGGUUUCACCAUUCAACAUGCACAUCUACCUUGCCUCCAAGUGGGAAGUCAAAGAAAAGUCAAUUAUCUACCUAUGGAGGCCUGCAAGAUAGUUGGAGGGCAGAGAUACACAAAGAGGCUGAACGAUAAGCAGAUAACGUCUUUACUGAAAUCAUCAUGUCAACGCCCUCUUGAGCAAGAGAUGGACAUUUUGCAGACUAUUCAUCAAAAUGGAUAUAAUCAAGAUCCAUAUGCUAAGGAAUUCGGCAUCAGUAUAGAUGACAAGCUUACUUCAGUUGAGGCUCGAGUGCUUCCGGCGCCAUGGCUGAAGUAUAAUGACAAUGGCAAAGAAAAGGAGAUUUUACCCAAAGUUGGACAAUGGAAUAUGAUGAAUAAGAAAGUCGUAAAUGGAAGCACUGUCGAUUGUUGGGCUUGCAUAAACUUUUCACGGGGGAUCCAGGACAGCGCUGCUCGUGCCUUUUGUCAGCAGUUGGUACAGAUGUGCCAAUGUGCUGGACUGGAGUUUAAAAGUGAGCCUGUUAUAGCCAUUCACUCUGCUAGAGCCGAUCAAGUAAGGAAAGCCUUGAAAUUUGUGUGUAAUGCCGCCUCAAAUAAACUUGGAGGAAAGGAAUUGGAACUGCUUAUUGUCAUUCUUCCAGACAACAAUGGCUCCCUUUAUGGUGAUCUGAAACGAAUAUGUGAAACCGAGUUGGGCUUGAUUACACAGUGUUGUUUAACAAAGCAUGUUACGAAGAUUAGCCGACAAUACCUUGCAAAUUUGUCGCUUAAAAUUAAUGUGAAGAUGGGAGGAAGGAAUACUGUUUUAUUGGAUGCAAUAAAAUCAAGAAUCCCCUUUGUCAGCGACGUUCCGACAAUAAUAUUUGGGGCAGAUGUAACUCAUCCCGAGUCUGUAGAGGAGUGUAGUCCCUCGAUAGCAGCUGUUGUUGCUUCCCAAGACUGGCCAGAAGUUACAAAGUAUGCUGGAUUAGUGUCUGCUCAGCCUCACAGGCAAGAACUGAUUCAAGAUUUGUAUAAAACAUGGAAAGAUCCUCAAGGAACUGCUGUCUGUGGAGGCAUGAUCAGAGAGCUUUUAUUGUCUUUCCAAAAGGCGACUGGACAAAAACCGAUGAGGAUAAUAUUUUACAGGGAUGGGGUUAGCGAUGGACAGUUUUACCAGGUUCUGUUAUAUGAGCUCGAUGCAAUCCGUAAGGCGUGUGCUUCAUUGGACCCGACUUAUCAGCCACCUGUAACAUUUAUUAUUGUCCAGAAGCGACACCAUACACGACUAUUUGCAAGCAAUCAUAACGACAAGAGUAGCAUUGACAAGAGUGGGAAUAUCUUACCUGGGACAGUUAUCGACACCAAGAUUUGUCAUCCUACUGACUUUGAUUUCUACCUUUGCAGUCAUGCCGGAAUCCAGGGAACCAGUAGGCCGGCUCACUAUCAUGUUCUGUGGGAUGAGAACAAUUUCUCGGCCGAUGAGAUCCAAUCUCUAACAAAUAACCUAUGUUACACAUAUGCCAGAUGCACACGGUCAGUGUCUUUAGUGCCACCAGCUUAUUAUGCUCAUCUAGCAGCCUAUCGAGCCCGAUUUUACAUGGAACCGCACGCCCAUGAGGGUCUUAAUUCAGCACGCGGUUGUUUCAGACCAUUGCCUGCCUUAAAGGAGAAGGUAAAAAGUGUGAUGUUUUAUUGUUGAAAGUCGAGCAAUUAUCAACUGUUUGAUGCUGCAGCUGGUUGUUUAUAUUGUAUAGAGAUCAUAGUAUGUUUUUAGGGAAAUUUUCGGAUAUGCUGCUGGUUAAGGAAAAACAAAUAGGGAUUGUAUUAAACUGUUUGUUUAUGUUUCAAAUGUCUCCUUUGGUUAU